GCAGACAAGGCUUCAAGUCAUGCAUCGCAUUUCUGGUAACUCCUCCCCUGUUUGGGCUGCCUGCUCACACAGCCACCCACAGAUCUGAAAUAAAAAUGUGGGAAGUGAGGCAGGGAGCACUCUCACCAGUGCAGAUUCCACCUCCUCUCUAGGCACCAGGGUGCCCAUCCUGUGCCAACACCGUCUUGCUCCUCCUGAACACAGCGAAGCUUUGGCUAAUCACAGAUCCAUAAGCAUUUUUCUCCCACCCGUUCUCAUCAGCCUGUACUCCAGAAAGAAGAAGGAAGAAGAAGAAAGAAAGUCCAGGACUGUGCAUGAGUGUGUCUUUGUGCCACUGUUGGCUGGGCGGGCUGACAGAGGCAGCAUUGUUCACAGGCUGUGCCCGACUUGGCAGUCAGAGAAGGUGGGGAUCUGCGCCGUGCAUACGGAAUCGGCGAGCAGCCGAGGACAGGGGUCCAGAAACUCCUAGAGCUGCAUUGACAACAAGAGGCAGUUUCAGAGCACCGAUAAUAGCUUCUCCUGGUGUCUUCCGCACGAUGGGGUCUGGGAUGAGGAGACCUUGUUAAUCGAAGAAACGGAAGCUGCAUGCAGCACAGAUGCCAGCCUUCUCCAAGGAAUAACCUCUUCAUCCCCAAGUGACUCCAGGUCCUGCUAGUACCAUGGGGCCAGAAGGUGGUUUCUUAGGCAGUGGUCAGGUCCACAUCAUCUUGUGGGGAAGUUUGGCAGCCAUGACAACACUCUUGUUCCUCACCUUCCUCAUCUUCCUCUGCUCCAGCUGCAACAGGGAAAAGAAGGCCAAAUAUCAGAAUGGAGAUCAUGAAAAUCUGAUGAAUGUGCCUUCUGACAAGGAGGUGUUCAGCCACUCGAUCACAAGUUCAGCUACUGAACCCCCUCCGAGCACCGACCAGAACGGGGCACUCAGCAAUGGUGAGGUACUCUCAGAGGACAGUGCAGCUGCUUGUAUCCAGCCUUAUGAAGAAGUACAGACAUCUGAUCUGCUAGAUCAACAGGAUAGUCUUGGAAAGUCUAUAAAAUGUCACCAGAGCCGGGAACUACCCAGUAUUCCCCCUAAUACCACCAUGGAAACCAUCAUCUCAGCUAGAAAUGCAGAAAAUGAUCAAGGUCUUGGAACGGAAGGGCCUUACGAAGUCUUGAAAGACAGCUCCUCUCAGGAGAACAUAGUUGAAGACUGCUUGUAUGAAACUGUGAAGGAAAUUAAAGAUGUUGGAGCAGUAGCCAGCAUGGAAGGGAGCUGUAACAGCAAAUCAAAGGUUCCACUGACAGGUUCUGAAGGUCAGAAUCAGAUUCCUGAGUGCAGAACUGAAUCAGCAGAGUAUGCAUCUGUUGACCGAAAUAAGAAAAGUCGUCAAAGUGCUAACUCAGAAAGCCCUCUUGACAACACACCAGAUGUAGAAGAUGAGCUUCCCCCACCAGUACCCAUGAAGCUUCUCGAUGAAAAUGAGAAUGUGCAAGAAAAAGAAGUGGAAGAAGUGACAGAAGGAGCAAGUAAACCAGAGAAGAGGCAUAGUUCAAUGUCUUACAAGUCUCGUGAGGAAGAUCCAUCUCUUACAGAAGAUGAGAUCUCAGCCAUGUACUCAUCAGUGAGUAAGCCGGGACAGGCCCUCAAAGCACUGGAUUCUCCUUACACCUGUAUUCAAGAAAUUGCAUCUCAGAGGUCCCCGUCCAUUUGCAGUGGCCUCUAUGCAAGUGUGAAGGACUUUGAGAACACCCUAAAUACUACCACUGUGCCUCAGUCAGCGGACAGACCAAAUGGGGAGCUGGAGCCUGACUAUGAAGCAAUCCAGUCAGUGAGCCAAGAAGAAGACAGGACCUUGUCUGUGCCUAACACAAACCACUCUGCUCUUUCAGGAGAAAACGACUAUGAGAGCAUAGGGGACUUGCAGCACCACAGGGAUUUCACCAGGCUUUAACUACUCUGGCGGGCUAAUUUCACCUCUGGUAUUUUCAAAGGAACAUGUGAAACACGGGGAGAGAAGUUUUUCUCCCUUUGAGGAACAAAGCAAAGUAGGGAACAAAAGUUGUGAAGAAACAAUGUAUGUUUCAGCCAGGGUGCGAUACCCACUAGGUUAUUCUGGGUGGUGGAUGGAGGCUCACAGGAAAGGGUACGUCAGGUCAGAAUGAUGACCAGGACAGCAUAAAAGCUUCUUUAUUUUUAGCUCCAAGAAAACCAGAAUUUGGGAAGGAGUGCUAUGCUUGUCGUCCUGAUAGGAUUACAUACCAAAAAAGACUGCUUUACACAAAGCUAGCUUUUAAUUUUAUGUCAUUUUCUUCAAAGUGUUUUUCAAGCAUAAUUUUCAUUCAAGUUCGGGCACACAACAUUGAGCAAAUCAUGGAUCGUUGUACCUCAACUCAGACUUACUUUGCAGGGCUGGGGAAGGCGUGCUCACUUCCGUGUCUUUUCGGGAGCUCUAUUCACAUUCAUUGCAACUAAACUACAAACAGCAGUACUUCACAAGGGACCUACUCCAAAUGUACUUGAAUUAAUUCUGUCAGCUUUUUUUAUAUGCCAAGGGCUGCAGAAUGUGACUUGCAAUAUUCGAGAUGUGUACUGGUGGUUUUGGGUGGGGUUUUGUUUGAUUAUUUGUGAAAUACCACUUUAAAAUGGCAAGUGACACUCUUAAUAUUCUUGCUGUGUUCCCCUCACAUGCACACAUAUACCUACAUAAACAUGCAGCAGACAAUUGUCAUGUUGCAAAAACUUGUGCAAAUGAAUGCAUUGGUAUAAUGUUUAGUCUAACCUUAACAGUGUUGAGUCAUUUUUUUAAUAGCUUUGCCCUUUUUUAAGACUUGAAAUAUUUUAAUUUGUUUGUCUAGUUUAUCAUGUAGGAAAAUCUACAUAUUGUGUUCAGAGUGGAUUAUAUUUUUUAUUUUUACAACAUGGUUUUCAUCUUCAAAAUUUUUGUAGAUUAACUUACCGUGUUACAUAACAGGAAGAAUCCCAUUCUUUUGGCUUCAUUUGUUUUUUUUCCUUUAAUUUCUAUUUUCUUAUUUCAGAAGUAUGUAAAUGAACAACUGCCUUUGUUGUUGUCUUCAGCAAGGAUGUGGAACAUGUUUUGCUGGUUUUAAGCUUAAAAUAGUGGAGUCUAUGAUCUGCCAGAUGGCAAAAGAGAGGCAGAAGAGACAGUGGGAUUUAGUCUGGGGCAGCCAGUGGUCCUCCUUGUUCCUUUGCUAAAAGGAGCAGGAGGGCAACCAAGAACUCUUUGGGGCUCUGACAAGCAGUUUGAAAGCCACUGGCUUUGCAAGGAUACCGAGUUAUUCUGUUACUGUUAAAAGCAAAGUACAGAUCUUGGAUGAAAUAAGUAGGUGCUGGGUUCAUAAUUUUGUUUUCUUCAAGAACAGUACAAUGACAUGUCACUGGGACAACUUGUUAACCAUGAGCUAGCAAUGUGCCAUUGUGGCCAAGAAGGCCAAUGGUAUCCUGUGGUGCAUUAAGAGGAGUGUGGCCCGCAGGUCAACGGAGGUAAUCCUGCCCCUCUACUCAGCCCUGGUGUAUUGUGCCCUGUUCUGGGCUACCCAGUUCAAGAAAGACAAAGGAGAGGGUCCAGCAGAGGGCCACAAAGAUGAUCAGGGGUCUGGAGCGUCUUCCCUAUGAAGAAAGUCGGAGAGACCUGGGCCUGUUCAGCCUAGAGAAGAGACAAAGAUCCCUGAGAAGGGAUCUUACCAAUGCACACAAAUGCCUAAAGGAUGGAUAUCAAGAGGAUGGGGCCAGACUCUUUUCAGUAAUGCCCAGCAACAGGAUAAUGGGCAAAGGGCACAAACCGAAACACAGGAAGUUCUUUCUGAAUAUGGGAAAAAACUUCUUUACUGUGAGGGCUUCAUAGCAAUGGAACAGGCUGCCCAGACAGGUUGUGCGGUCUCCUUCUCUGGAGAUACUUAAAACCUGCCUGGGCACAAUCCUGUGCAGCUUGCUCUAGGUUUACCUGCUCUGGCAGGGGGGUUGGACCAGGUGAUCUCCAGAGGUCCCUUCCAAACCCAACCAUUGAUCUGUUCUGUGAAUGAACAGUACAAUAGUACAAGAAUAGCCCAACAGUAGUGAACUGGUUAUGUGUACACAUCUUCAUAUAUCCCCAUGUAAAUAAGCAUACACAUGUAAUUUGGACACAAGUAUAAAUUAUAGUCCAGACUUGGUAACAUUCAAAUACAUUCACGUACGUAAUAUCUGGCAUGUGCUUGAAGAGUAGUUUAUUUUUUAUUUGAAAUAAACAGUAUAUAAACUGA